AUGGGCCAUUUCCAGGUCUCCAUCGCACCCCUCCCUUCCUUGCCCACUCCCCCCCUCCCCUGGGCCUCGUUAGGCCAGGCCUGGCCGCUCUUCUCCUCGCAUCUAUUAUCUCGUCCCACCGCUCGCUCUCCUCCCGUUCCUUUUACUUCUCACGGUCGCCCGACGCCUUCAUCCAUAUCCGGUCCUUUCAACCUUCGCUCCUUUUUGCCUCUCUUUCGUGUCACUCGCCUCGACACUGUCCGCUCCUUUGAAACAGCCUUUUUUCGUCGCUCUCUAUAUAUCAAGCCACCUUUUCCCGUUUGCCUCGUCGAACUUCGCUCCGUCCUGUUUCUCCGACUUGCCAGUUCAAGCUCGACUUUCUUUUUGCAACUUCAGACUUGUCAAUUGCUGCAACGGCUGGUCCUAAGCAAGCAGAAUAUAAAUCUCUUGGGUUUCACUGCCGUCAACAACAUCAACAAUUUCGACAACCAUCAAGUAAAGUCCUCGCUUGCUCUUCUCGCCACCGCGGCCGCGGUCAGCGCCACAGUCACCUCCACCGAAUGGGUUGUUGACGUCGUCACCGUCACCGUCACCGCCGACCCUUCGGACUUCGUCUCGGCCUCGCAGCCUACCUCGACUCCUACUCCUGAGCCCGUUUCCACCUCGUCGGUCGCUCCUUCGCCCCCUCCCCCUCCGCCUGCCAACGCUGCUGUUCAGGAGCCCGAGCCCACCACCACCACCCAGGCGCCUCCUCCUCCUCCGACCUCGACUCCCGAGCCUGAGCCUGUUGUCCAGACUCAGACCCAGGCUCCCGAGCCUGAGCCUGAGACGACCACCCAGCAGCAGACUGCGCAGCCGACGUCGGAGACCGUGGCCCCCUCUGGUGGUUACAAGGGCACUGCCAUCGACUACCACAACGCCUACCGCAAGGACCACAGCGCUGGCAACCUCGAGUGGGAUGAGACUCUGGCUCAGUACGCUGAGAACACUGCCAACAAGUGCCAGUUUGCGCACGACAUGGCCCAGGGUGACGGUGACUACGGCCAGAACCUCGCUAGUGUCGGUAGUACUGGCGAUCUCGGCACCACGGAGUCCGCGGUUGGCAAGGCCAUUGCAGAGCAGUGGUACCAAAAGGAGGUCGGCUACUACAACUUCUUCGGCCAGUCCGAUCCCCCUCCCGGUGCCGACUUCAGCAAGUUCGGUCACUUCUCCCAGCUUGUCUGGAAGGACUCCACGAAGGCCGGCUGCGCUACCGUCAAGUGCCCUGCUGGCACCGUGCUCAGCUACGCGUCAUACUUCACCGUCUGCAACUACAGCCCUCCGGGUAACUUCGGCGGCAAGUACGCUACCAACGUUCUGCCCUCGCUCGGCCUCAAGAUCAACCUUUCUACUUAA